AUGUCUGCAAUGGUCCUCGUUUCGCUAUUCGCAGCCUCAUGGCUUCUGAGACUGUGCUGCCCAGCUACAACAGAGCCACUGCAAUCAUCGUGGAUUGUAACCACAGAGGAGGCAAGUUCCCUGUCUGUGGCUGAUAAUGAACUGCAAACAUCAUAUAUCGGCCCCCAGCCAACAAUCUACGGAGAAACGACUGUCACAGGGGACGGAACAGAGCCCCCAGUGACAGACCAGAAUGGGCUUACCACACUUCUGUUGUAUAAAGAGUAUGAUUCCGGAACAAAAUUACACUCAACGGACAAACCAGAAUCAGAAAACGACUCGUCCGUGUUUCAAAAUAAGGUUUCCAAUCCAAAAUGUACUUCAGCCAAUGAGAAGUGCAGCUUAGUCGUAAAUGUGCUACACGUGCGCUCUGACAUAAAAUACCGGUAUGCUAGAACUGUGGUCUACAGUAAAAUUGGAAAUGCAGGGAAUACCUCAAACCAGGCAACAUUCAGUGUGACACUGCCUGACACAGCUUUCAUCACCAAAUUCUUUAUUGAAAUGGGUGGAAAAGUAUAUGAAGCAUAUAUUAAGAAAAAGGUCCAAGCAGAUAAAGAAUAUCAGGAAGCUUUGGAGUCUGGUCAUACUGCAGCACAUGUCAGUGCCAGUGUACGAAAUUCUAACACAUUUGAGGUGUCUGUGAAUGUGGCAGCAAGAAGUAAAAUAGCCUUCAAUUUGACUUAUGAAGAGUUGCUGACUCGACAGCUGUCUGUUUACCACCACACCAUCUCUCUCACACCCAGACAGGUUGUGCAAGAUCUUAAUAUAGACAUAUUCAUUCAGGAAAUAAGAAAUAUUACACUUCUAAAUGUAACAACUUUUGAGGAUGGAGGGAAAUCAGAAUCAGAAGGGGAUGGAAUCUUGGUGGAAUACCUGUCUCCACUGUCAGCUCAUGUGCACUAUGCCCCAGGUGAAAGAGAACAACAGAAUCGACUGGAGUUUGGAUUGCAGCAGCUCACUGUUGAAUAUGAUGUAGACAGAUCAAUAAAUCCUGCAGGUGACAUCAUGCUCAUGGAUGGAUACUUUGUGCACUUCUUUGCCCCUGAAGAUGUUCCUACACAGCCAAAACAUAUAAUCUUCGUUCUAGAUACAAGUGGUUCCAUGUGGGGUUCCAAGCUUCAGCAGCUUCAGCAGGCUAUGUACUCCAUCCUUGACAGCCUUAGGAGCAAUGAUUAUUUCAGCAUCAUUCAGUUUGGCACAAAUGUCAUGGAAUGGUCAAGUCGUCCACAAGACAUAGUUGGACUCAGUAGAUACAGCAUGACACAUGAGGCCACAGAGACCAAAAUCACUAAAGCCAAACAGUUCAUUAAAUCGAUGGAAGCUUCUGGUGGCACAAAUAUCAGUGGAGCACUGAGAAAGGCACUGCAGCUGGCUGCUAAGCAACAAUAUGGCUUUCCUGAAAAAAUGGGUGAAAACUUGAAUUUAGGAUCACAAGGUCAACCACAGCCAAUGCUGGUGUUCUUGACAGAUGGAAUUGCAACUGUUGGUGAAUUGCUGACAUCUAGAAUCUUGGCACAGGCACGAGCUCUCAACUCAGAAAUCGGGGCACCCAUAUUCAGCCUUGCUUUUGGUGAUGCAGCCAAUUUCAGAUUCCUGAAAAAGCUAUCCCUGCAAAAUCAUGCAUUUGCCAGGAAAAUUUAUGAAGCAUCUGAUGCAGCACUGCAGCUUCAGUCAUUCUACAAUGAAAUAGCAUCUCCUUUGUUGGCAAAUGUCUCUUUCACUUAUCUGGACAGCAAAGUAGACAAGGUCUCACUCACCACUAACCAUUUUCAUUCGUACUAUGGUGGAAGUGAAAUAAUAGUAGCUGGAAAAGUCAGCAGUUCUAACAAGGGUCAGCAGGAUGAAGAUCUGGGAGCACAGGUCUAUGCUUGGAAUGGAGUUGAGCACAAGGAUGUGUUAUACAAGCCCCUAUUCACUUCUACAAAUAACCCAACUGAGCGACGAAGAGACAAUUAUAUUGGGUCACUAGAACGAUUGUGGGCAUAUCUCACAGUGCGUCAAUUGCUAGAUGAACAUCUGGCCUCCAUUGAUGAAGGCAAUGAUCCUGUGAACUUGUUUGCAGAGAAACAAACACACCAUGAAGACUGCAGUCCAAAGGCAAAGGCCUUGAGCCUGGCUUUAAAGUAUGGAUUUGUGACACCACUCACAUCUCUGGUUGUGGUGAUACCAAAGAAUGGUUCUGAAGGUGGGGUGUCUGAGCUGGUGAGAGAUCGUGUUGGCAGCAAUGAGCUUGAUCCAGUUCCAUUUUUAGAGUCAACACCUCUUCACAACAAAAUCAUGCCCAUGUUGCCCGUUCAUUUCCGGCCACCGGCGCUGGCCAUUAAUCCCAUGGAAGAACUUUCUACAGAUCUUCCUGUUACAACAACCAGUGCUCUUAAUGGUUUGUCCCAAGCAACUAACUACACACUGACAGAUGUAUCAUGGCUGUUAGACUACAUUGAUUCUGAGAAUCGAAUCACUGUGGCAACCAAUUACAGCCUGAUGAACAACUCAACCUUCCUGAUUGGUGAAUUUCCCACAAGUUUAGAGGCCCCUGAGAAUACAGAAGACUGUACUACCCCUGGUGGAGAGAUUGGGAGUUGUCGCAGCUUGCCAACUUGUGUGCAGGCAGAAUUUAUGGAUGAUUAUGAGACUUUUCUCAAGUACUUUUGUGCCAUUGGAAGAUAUGCUGGUGUUUGCUGUCCAUAUCGUAUCUUAAUUUACGACAUUUCACUCACAACUGGAUUACCAGCCAUGGAUUAAAUAUCAAUGUAGGAAAUGUUUAACAUCACGUGAUCUGAAAAAGGAAGACUUAUCUUAUUGCUGGAGUUUCAGUAUAUAUUGUCUCCUACUGACUCCAGAAUUCUAAUAAGGUUGAAGUGGAACUUCAAUUGGAUUCUUUCGUGGGCUUUAAAAUCAUAUUUCUGGAAAUUCGUUUUGUUCUUUGCAUUCAGAGCAUGAAUAAAUGAGUAUAGACGAG